AUCCGGAAUCUUAUUGCAAGCUUUGCUCUUGUUCAAGCGAAUCACGAUUGUGAAAAUCCCAGACGACUCAUGGGACACUAGAAUAACCUAGAGCCAGAGUAGCUCUGUUUUUUUUCUUUUGUGCCCCAUGCAUUAGCAUACGAUCACAUACUUGCCUAGAGGUUGGAGGUUUGAGUGGGUGGCUGUAGCUUGAUGCGGUGGUAGGUGUGGUAGUUGCUAGAAAAAGAAGUGUGUGUGUUGAAGAGAGUGAGGAUGCUAUUUUUAAUCAAACCUCAACCAUAAAGUACUUUCAUUUUGCUCAACUUCUUUUUGUUCUUUCAUUACCAGUGACAAAGUUAAUCAACAAGAGCCAUCUAUCAUAAAUAUUCGCUAGAUCAACAAAAACACCAUAACCAAACGAUCCAAGUCUCCUUCAACUGCCGCAUUUUCAGAACAAAAAUUCAGUCAUCAAAACCAAAAUCAACACCGGCCAGAAAUUGAUAUUGAAUUCAUCAGCAAACACUUUCUUUCCCAACCUGAAUGAGCCCAGAAAAUAAAAGGCACACGGAAAAAAAAUUGAUUCUGGCCUUUACUUUUUGUUUGCAUCUUUCCUUUUUUCUAAUGGUGGCAAAUUAUUAUUCAUCACCUGAAGAUGUAAAACCCGAAACGGGUUACGAAGUGAUGAAAGUCGGAAAAGGAAAGGCUAAGGUCAUAGAUUUUGUGUGCUUCAGUUCCAGAUAAUUAAUCUUGACGAUGACAUGUUUGGGGGUUUGAGAAGAGAAUCAGGAUCAAAGAAAAGCCUAACCAGCACGCUCUAUGUUGACAAGGCUAAUAACUGGGCUGAACCAUGAAAAGAACAAAUAAAUAUACACAGGCCUGGCUCGGUCUGAUAUCUAAUUUCAAGUCUGAUAGGAGGCCCAUUCAUUAGGGUGGUUUGGGCGUGAGUGGCCACAAAUUGCAAAGCCCAAGUCUGUCCAAAAUCCUCAGUCAGGCUUUCUACUUCCUCUAUCUUUAAAUAUUCACUUGCAUUCAUGUCUUUUCCCUCUCAUUGCAGACGCAAACAUGCACUUUUAAAGAGUAGUUGGUGUUUAUUGCUGUUGAUGGAGUAGUCGCAUGUAUUACGUACACAACUGAGAAUUCCGGGAGAAAAUCCAAAGUCAAAUAUUCUAUUCAUGGAUGUCAAAGAACAUGGCGAUGCUUCUAAACAAAAGCAGCAAGAUGGGUAGCCCUCUUCUCCAUGAAUUCAAGAGGCAAGCUUCCUUCUUAAAAGAGAAAAUCAAGACUGCUCGUUUGGCGCUAACUGAUGUUACGCCAACAGAACUAACUGUACAAGAGAUCACAAAUGGAGAUCUUUGGGCUCCGGAUACACGUACCAUGGGUGUUAUUUCACGGGCUGCCUUCAAAGUUGAUGAUUACUGGAGAAUUGUGGACAUUCUACACAAGAGGUUUAUAUUUUGUCUAAUGGGAUUCGUUUAA